UGUCUUUAUCUUAUUGAUCCUUAUAUAAUUGGUUAAAAAAAUACUUCAACAUCAAUAUAUUUUCCACCAGAAAAGUUAAUUGAGAAAUUAGUAUUGGUUUAUUCUAAAGUUGAAUGAUCUAACUAAUACUGGAGUUAUAAAUUCAAAUAAGUUGGUGGUGCUUCUUGUUCAGAUUAUUACCUAUGGCUUAUAGAAGUAUUUAUUUAAAAAUACCAUGUUGCACCAUAUAACAAAGGUCAAAAGACAAGAAACAAUUUCAUGUUAUGGUUAUUGAACAACUGUCAAAUAUGACUUAUCUAUGUGAUAAGUGUUCUUCAAAUAAUAAAACAUUUGGAUAUAGUGAUUACCUAACAACUUGUGCGUCUAUAACAGUGAAAUUAUGGAGUGAUAAUUAAGAAAUUCUAAUAGUUGAUAUUAAUAGGAGGCAGUUAAUGUUAAACAAUUAUAUAUUUUAUAAUGAACACCAUACAAAAUAUUUUCAAGGCCAAAUUGAAUAAUGUCUUUGGGAUGAUUCAUGUCAAACCAUUACCAGGCACACCGUUGUAUGGUAGGAGCAUAAAACAAAUAAUAUACACCGCCUGUAAAGAGGCUGAAAUAUAUAUGAAAUGUGGAGUAGAUGGUAUUAUCGUUGAAAACAUGCAUGACAUACCCUAUGUGCCUGCUAAAGAAAUAGGUCCUGAAAUUGUAUCCUCAAUGACUAGAGUUUGUUCAUCGAUUAGACAAUUGGUGCCUGAACAUAUACCUUGUGGUCUACAAAUAUUGGCUGCAGCCAAUGAAGAAGCAAUCGCUGUUGCACAUGCAACAGACUUUCAGUUUAUUAGGGCUGAAGGUUUUGUUUUUGGCCAUGUCGCCGAUGAAGGUUACAUGGAUGCAUGUGCCGGUAAGUUAUUGAGAUAUCGCAAAUCCAUAGAUGCACAAGAUGUGUGUAUAUUUACAGAUAUAAAGAAAAAGCACAGUUCACAUGCUAUCACUCAUGAUGUAAGUCUAAUCGAAACUGCUAAAGCAGCAGAAUUUUUUCUGACCGAUGGAAUUAUAGUAACUGGAACUGCAACAGGACAACCCGCCAAACCAAGUGAUUUAAUUGAAGUGAAGAGUUCUGUGAAUGUUCCAGUACUUGUUGGAUCUGGUAUAACUGUUAACAAUGUACAUGAGUACAGAGGUGCUGACGGAUUCAUAAUUGGAUCUCACUUCAAGAAACAUGGAAUGUGGCAAAAUGAACUUAAUGAGACUACUAUUUUAGAAUUUAUGAAUUGCCUAAAAAAAGACUGAAAUAAAGAAACUCAAUUUUAUUUUGAAUAUAAGUUAUCAUAUAAUUGAUUCCAUACAGAAAAUCAAUGAACACAAGCCAUUAACAUAGUUUUUCAUUUUUAUGACAUACAAGCAUUGUACAUAAAAAAUAACUAAUAACUAGUUACAUAUUUUUAAUGAAUAUAAAUUAAAUAGUAAAAUAAUUGUUAUACUUAUACAAAUUACAGAAUUAUAAAAAUGUGAAAAAUAUUAAUAACAUUACAAUUUUUACUUUUAAGUAAAAUAUGUUACUGCAUUAGGAAGUAUUACCACAAGUUAUUAUUCAAACAUUAAUAGUUAAUUGUUAUAAACUACAUUUAAACAAAAAUGGACAACGUAACUGAGAUCUCAAAUGGAUGGAGUACAAAAAAAAAAUAUAAGUUAAAAAAAAAAGUAAAUAUUCUUGAUUUUCUAUACUGAAUUUCUUCCCACUAAUUUUUUUAGUGUUGUUCCAAAAUUGAAAACAAGAUUUCUUGCCGAAGCCAUGUAUGACAUAUUUUGAUUUGAUUUAGCAAUUGUUGUAUCCUACAUAAAAAAAAUGAAUAAAUAUGAUAUACAUAUACUACUACAAUAGUAUAAAUUAUAACAAUUUAUUUUUAAAAAAAUAUUAAUAUAUUACUUUAAGGCUGUUU